AGUGGCAAUUGAGAGAGAGAGAGAGAGAGAGAGAGAGAGGAUGAUCCUGGUGGCGAUAGUGGCGGAGCUGAUGGCGCAGUACACGGCGGUGCUGGCGAGGGUGCUCCAGCAUCUGUUCCACGGCGCGCCGCUCCCGCGGAGGGUCCGCUUCCUCAUCCUCCGCAGCCUCCCCUUCGCCCCCUCCGCCCCUCCUCCCUUCUUCCGAGCCCCUGCGUGAUCUAAUUUUCCCAAGUUGCUUUCACUCGACAUUAUAGAGAAAGAAAUAGAAUCAUUCCGCUUAUUGAAUCAGAUUUCGGACAGUACUUUCUGCCAAACGUGAAUCGACACGAAGUACGAACAUGAUCGCAGUGCUCUCGUGACGCGAAUUGAGAGCCUUUCGUCACAU